AAGAAUAUCGUGGAAUUGUCUCGGUUCCGUUCCAGUAAACUCUAUUCCAAGCCACACCACCUGCGGUGGCCCGCAACAUUGUGUUUAGCAGCUUGCUAUCGGAAGUUUGCUGCUCCUGAUUAUUAUUAUUUUUCUACUCCGAUAUCUCCAUCUCGGUAGGUCGGCCAACUGGUCUGGCUUACAAAACGGGCUUACAACGGUAAUUUGCACCAUGUGCUCUGCAGUCAGCCUUGCUUGAGGAAACGUUUACCGUAAGAACUGGAAUAAUUGAACCUCGUGCUGAGACGUCUGAAAUUCCUCUCUUUGGAUGGAGCAUACCGAAAGGCAGGCUUUCAGCCCUCUGUACUCGUGCCUCAACGCCAAGAGUUGGCACCUCUGUUGGAAUAACCUCCACGGGGCCGUAGAGAGUGUAGUCUUGAGGCUGCUCUUGUAGCGUGAGGGAUUGCACUCUGCGACUGCCGUGCCAGCGGCCACUCCCACUCAUUAUGUGGCACUGUAUUUUGUGUCACCGGUAAUAGAGUCUUUGAGAUGGCUCAAACGCUAAACUUUUUAUGGCUCCGAGGGGACUAUUCCAAAAGAGGUGCCAAUUCUUGGCUCGAAGGCACGAGUACUCCUAGGGGCAGAUCAAAAGGAAAAUACUCAUACUGGUACAACAGACCUUGCUGGGAGAGGCAACUCCAACCUCCUAGCAUGGGAUUCCGCUGUUCUACUUCUUACGGUGCGCUAUUUCUCGAGGGGAAGGAGCCGUUUUUCCUUUCUCUCCUUCGAAGAAUCGCUUAGAAAUACAGUUUCUCGUUUCCGCCGUACCGGUUUUUAAGGAUAAGGAAAAGGUAGGAAAAUGAUUCUACGGAAGUCCAUGGGAGACGGGGCAGGUGGAUUGAAUGGAUUGAUAUGGGGGGGAUGACGUCGCUAACCUGGCGAGGGUUAAGACUGGUUUUAAUAUAAAAUGGGCCCCCGUGAAUAUAUCAGGGCUGUUAGGGAAGAACCCAUAAAAAGGCAACAACAUCUUGCAUUCCCUGUUUUCGGCGAUAUCGAGCAUAAAUAUGUCACCUUCAAAUAACAGCAUUCCGAAGUCCACUGCUCAGUGGGUUAUCCGCCGUGCGAAGGCUGGCUUCGAUGGGUUGGAGUUAGAGACGAAGGAGAUCCCUUCGUUGGGACCUCGCGAUGUCCUCGUCAAGAUGAAGGCAGUGUCGUUGAACUUCCGAGAUAUGGCUAUCCUGAUGGGGCUGUAUCCGUUUCGUGAGUUGUUCCGUUCUUCCUAUUGACUGUAUAAUGCCGUGGUGAGAGAGAUUGCGCUAAUCGUUUUUAAUGAAUGGAUUAAUGAAUGUAGCUGCUUCUUCCGGAGUCGUACCCACUUCGGAUGGAGCUGGUGAAGUCGUUGCCGUGGGGCCGCAGGUCAAGGAUUUCAAGGAGGGCGAUGGGGUCGUGACUUUGCUCAAUCAGGGGCAUCAGCAUGGCGCUAUAGAUAAUUUGUCCAUUAUGACGGGUCUCGGGGGUGUGUUGGAUGGAGCGCUGAGGGAGUAUGGUGUUUUCCAUGAGCAGGGGUUGGUUCCUUUGCCUAAGGGAUUGACUUUUGAAGAGGGUGCUACGCUCCCUUGUGCUGCGGUUACUGCCUGGAACGCUCUGAAUGGGUUGAAGGUUUUGAAGCCUGGACAGUAUGUCUUGGUUCAGGGGACUGGUGGUGUCAGUGUCUUUGCUCUCCAGGUAUGUAUAACAUUAACACCUUGAUUCCCUGAAAGGAACCCUGACUCCUCACUCCAAUAGUUCGCCAAAGCCGCAGGCGCCUUCGUCGUGGCAACUACCUCCAGCGCAGAGAAGUCCGAGUUCCUCAAGAAGCAGGGAGCAGACGUUGUGAUCAAUUACAAGGAAACCCUCAACUGGGGAGAGGAGGCACGAAAGCAUACACCAAAGAACGCUGGCUUCGACUGCAUCGUCGAAAUCGGUGGACCGUAUACCCUCCCCCAAUCGCUGGCCGCGAUCAAGUUUGAAGGAAUCAUCAGUAUGGUCGGGUUCGUGGCGCAGAAGCAGACUUCCGAGGACAUCUCACUUAUGCAGUCCCUCCUCAGGGUUUGCACUGUUCGUGGUGUCCUGGCUGGGAGUAGGGACAUGAUGUUAGAGAUGGAUGCUGCAAUCGAGGUCAAUGGGAUUAAGCCUAUUGUUGAUAAGAGGACCUUUAGCUUCAAGGAGGCUAAGGAUGCGUACCUGUACCAGUGGGAGCAGAAGCACAUUGGUACGUAGUACCACCUCCAUUUCUUUUAUCAUGCCAAUUACUGCCGUGUGACAGUACUAACCUGUAUCGUGAAUGUAGGUAAGGUUGUUAUCAAGAUUAACGAGUAAAACCGGGGUGCCAUACUGCUGGGUUGUCUGAGAAUCACUAUCGUGUUAGUGCUGCUCGAAGCGGUCCGCGUCGAGAAACAAGGUUUGAUAGGAGAUGAAUAAAAGAGAUUAUGGAUUCCAACCAACCCCGGCUUUAUUGUUAUUAUUUUUGUUUCUCCUGCGUCUCUCGUGAACAGCAAGAUCUAGUAGCAGCACGGUGGUAUCCCUUGCCGAUUCCU